GUCAAAACUAUUUUAAAAGAAGAAAAGAAUCAGAGACGGAGAGAACGCGUCCACUUUUAUUGAGGCUGUGGCGAAAAGCAGAAAGCAGCGAGUACUUCUACCGGAAGUGAAAAUGUCAAUGACACAGAAUAUCGUACGGCGCAUCUUUGGCGACCGCAAACUUCCAGAAAACCUCUCCGAUGAGGAGUACGACAAGUACAUGCACGAUAAUUUCCCGAAGUGGAUGAAGGAGUUCGAGGAUGGCGGAUUCUUAGAACAAACAAAGCUACCCCCUAUCAAAAGCGAAGAGGAGCUGGUUGCCAAGCUGCAGGAGCACAAGGAUGACCUGCUGGUGAUCAAGUACUGGAAGCAUGGGUGCAUUCCCUGCUUGACCUUUGCGGAGAUGUACAAGGAAACGGCGGAGAGGUGUGCGCGGGAGAACAAGAGAAUUGUGUGGUACAGCGUGGACACCAAGGCUCUCAGCACACGUCAGUUGAUCGACUACCAGCUCAUUUCCGGCACACCGACAAUCCAAACUUUCACUGGACGGAAGCAGGUAGGCAACGAGAUCCGCGCCGUGAACUCAGAGGAACUGCUUGCGGAGCUCAACAGGCGACUUCCGAAAGCUCCUUAG